UGGCUGUCUUCCCCCUGCUGCGGCUCCUCAGUCCUCUCGCUUCUGUUCCCCUAUCGUCGGCCUCCACAAGCGCCACGUCUCGCGCCCUCGUCCGCUCCCCGCCGAUGAGCUGCCGCGCGGCGCCGUGGAGUCGCCCGUCGCACAUUGCUGGUCCGCGUGUGCCCACCCCGGCGCGGCCGCGCUUCGCACUUGGAAGUAGGAAUCUGUGGAAGAACUCAUGGACAAUUGGUGCUGGUGUUUCAAAUAUGUUUGCGCUGCCAUCAACACUGUUUAGGUGCAUGGCUUCAAGUGGCUCUGGUGAUGGUGAUUUUGCUCGGUCUACAUUGACUGACGAAGCAGCACCAUUUCCAUUAUACUCUUGGCCAGAUAAGCAGAGACCACGAGUGUGCAUUUUAGGUGGUGGGUUUGGUGGCCUGUACACCGCUUUAAGACUUGAAUCUCUUGUGUGGCCCAAUGAUAAGAGGCCUCAGGUUCUUCUGGUUGAUCAAUCUGAUAAAUUUGUAUUUAAACCCAUGUUGUACGAGCUAUUGUCAGGAGAAGUGGAUAUCUGGGAGAUAGCUCCAUCUUUUACAGAGUUGCUGAAAAACACUAGUGUUCAAUUUGUGAGAGACAGUGUAAAGCUUCUGCGCCCUUCUGAUCACUUAAGAAGAAAACCUGGAGAACCAUGCACUGGUGGAGUUGUUCAUCUGGAAAGUGGCACUGUCAUUGAAUAUGAUUGGCUCGUUCUAGCUUUAGGGGCUGAAGCUAAAAUUGAUGUUGUUCCCGGUUCUGCUGAAUAUGCGCUUCCUUUCACGACAUUAGAGGAUGCCUUGAGGGUUGAAAGCAAGUUGAAAAUGCUAGAGAGGAAAAGGUUUGGUAAGAGUUCCCCUACUAUUGAGGUGGCAAUUGUGGGAUUGGGCUAUUCCGGUGUUGAAUUAGCUGCGACUAUAUCUGAGAGAUUAAAAAACACUGGGACUGUAAAGGCAAUAAAUGUUCAAACAACCGUAUGUCCCACUGCUCCACAAGGAAAUCGUGACGCUGCUCUGAAGGUUCUUGAGUCUCGGAAUAUUCAGCUUUUCUUGGGAUAUUUUGUGAGCUGCAUCAAAGAGGCUCCUACAUCUGAUGAGUCAAGUAGCACAGUUACAUACUCUGAAGUUGACGGUGAUCAUAGGAAACUAAUUUUGGACCUUCAACCUGCUGAAAGAGGCCUCAAAGGGCAGACCCUCGAUGCCGAUUUGGUGCUGUGGACAGUGGGUUCAACAUCUCAGAUUCCACGGUUACAGCCUCCUGAUGCUCCCUAUGUUAUUCCUCUGAAUGGUCGAGGACAGGUGGAGACAGAGGAAACCCUUCAAGUAAAAGGCCAUCCCCGGACAUUUGCGAUUGGCGAUUCAGCAGCUCUAAGGGAUCCAUCAGGCAAACUCCUCCCGGCCACUGCACAGGUUGCCUUCCAACAAGCAGAUUUUGCUGGAUGGAAUCUCUGGGCGGCAAUAAAUGACCGGCCUCUCCUGCCGUUCAGGUUCCAGAACCUCGGCGAGAUGAUGACGCUCGGUAGAAAUGAUGCCGCGGUAACAGCAAGUUUCAUUGAAGGGCUGACCUUGGAAGGACCUCUCGGACAUGCCGCUCGGAAGCUCGUGUACUGCCUCAGAAUGCCCACGGAUGAGCACCGGGUGAAGGUUGGGAUCAGCUGGUUCACAAAGGCUGCGAUCGAUUCGCUUGCCUCCGUGCAAAACGCGGCUGCAGCAGCGAUUUUCAUAUAUCUUCAUGAAGCCCCUCCGGCUGAAAUUCGAUCGCCUCGCUGUGUUGCACUGCUAGGUAGCCAGCUCGUUUCCUCCCCCAACCCAAAUGGGCGACUCCACCGCCACCAACCCCUCCUCGCCGACCGCAGCCAUGGAUCCCGACUCCGAGGUCGUCUUCGACUUCCCGCCCUACCUCUGCCAGUACAAGAGCGGCCGCAUCCACCGCCCCGGCGGCGCCCCCACCGUCCCAGCUGGCACGGACCCAGCCACCGGCGUCGUGUCCAAGGACAUCCGCGCCGGCCCCGCCUCCGCGCGAGUCUACCUCCCUCCCGGCGCAGCCGGCAAGAUCCCGGUGGUCGUCUACUUCCACGGCGGCGGGUUCGUGGUCGGCUCGCCGGCGCGGCCGGGCACGCACAACUACCUCAACGACCUGGUCGCCCGCUCGGGCGCCAUCGGCGUGUCCGUCUACUACCGCCUCGCGCCGGAGCACAAGCUGCCCGCGGCGUACGACGACGCGUGGGCGGCGCUACGGUGGGCGGCGACGCUCGGCGGCGGCGAGGACCCGUGGCUGCUGGAGCACGCCGACCUGUCCCGCGUGUUCCUGGCGGGCUGCAGCGCCGGCGCCAACAUCGCGCACAACACGGCCGUGCGGGCCUCCGCCGCCGGCGCGCUCCCCGACGGCGUGACCAUCCGCGGGCUCGCCGUGGUGCACCCCUACUUCACGGGCAGCGAGGCCGUGGGCGGCGAGAUAGCCUUCGGCCCCGAGAUCCGGCCGUUCAUGGACCGCACCUGGCGGUUCGUGGUCUCCGACACGGUGGGGCUGGACGACCCGCGCGUGAACCCGUUCGUGGACGACGCGGCGCGCAGGGCCUCCGCGGGGAUCCCGUGCCAGCGCGUGCUGGUGUGCGUGGCCGAGAACGACUUCCUGCUCAAGGAGCGCGCGCUGUGGUACCACCGGGAGAUCAAGGCCAGCGGGUACGCUGGCGAGGUCGAGCUGUUCGAGUCUAAGGGCGUCGGCCACGCGUUCCAUUUCGACAUGCUGGACUCGGAGCAGGGCGUCCAGCUCCAGGAGCGGAUCGUGGCUUUCAUCAACAAAUGAGCACCACCGAGAUGAUGAAUAAGAGUUUUUUAUGCUAUUUUAAAUAUAUCAUUUGGAUACUUCAAUUGUAAUAGUACACCGAAAGUUGUUCGAUUCCCGAUCCCGAAAUAAUAUAUUCGUUCUGUACUUCUGUCGGAUGCUCGAACUGUAAAUGUAGGGCGUUUGAUUCGGAGCAUUCGGUCUUUUGGUUUAAA